CGAAGCUUUAAACGGGGGACAAGACAACACAAUUCUGAUACCUACCUACCGUAGGGUGGAGGGAGAAAUGCUUUGAUCUGUGUUCAGCAUGAUCUUGUAGUCUUUUUCUUCUUCUAACUAACUCCUCCUUUUCAAAAUUCAUCCUCUCUCUCUCUCUCUCUCUCUCUCCCACACCUCCAUACUCACUGUUUCAAGUUUAACCCCUGUGUUUCACUGCAUCUUCCUCUUCACACCCACAAAUCUAUAACAAUUCAGUAAACAUUACUCCAAAUCAAAACAUAUUGUCACAGGGUCAACUGCUGUUCUCUCUCUCUCUCUAGUCCUCUUUUGACAUUAAUCCAUUGUUCAAUACCUCUCAAGUUCCAAGCUCCUCAAAUCUUCUCAAACUCCAGGAAUUUCAAUUUCAAUCUCAAUCUCAAUCUCAAUACCACAAAAACCAUGAAACAAUUGCACAAACAAUCAAGCGCUAACCACACCCCUUCAACCCAAACAACCCCACCAUACUCACCCAAAACCCUAAAACACCCCAGAUCUCUCCCCAGAUCCAUCAAUUACAUCCUCAAGGAACAGCGACUCCUCUUCAUUCUAGUCGGUAUCCUCAUUGGCUCCACAUUCUUCAUCAUUCAACCCACUCUCUCCCGCCUCUCCCCUUCCGACUCCCAUUCUUCAAUACCCAGAUCAUUUUCUCUCUCAAAUCGCGAGUCCCUGUCAAACCCAUAUCAGGUUUCAAAGAAUUACGGUGAUGCCAACAAGGCUGUUGCGAGAAUUCCUGUGGGAAUUGGGCGGAAACGGUUGAGAAUUGUGGUCACAGGAGGUGCUGGAUUCGUGGGUAGUCAUUUGGUUGACAAAUUACUUGCAAGAGGUGAUGAUGUGAUUGUGAUUGAUAAUUUUUUCACUGGGAGGAAAGAGAAUGUGAUGCAUCAUUUUGGGAAUCCAAGAUUUGAGCUCAUUAGGCAUGAUGUGGUUGAACCUAUACUGUUGGAGGUGGACCAGAUCUAUCACUUGGCUUGCCCGGCUUCGCCGGUUCAUUACAAGUAUAAUCCUGUCAAGACUAUCAAGACAAAUGUGAUGGGUACCCUAAACAUGUUGGGCCUUGCAAAGCGAAUUGGGGCGAAGUUUUUGCUCACGAGUACUAGUGAGGUUUAUGGGGAUCCACUUGAGCAUCCUCAGAAAGAGACAUAUUGGGGACAUGUAAAUCCAAUAGGUGUUAGGAGCUGUUACGAUGAAGGUAAACGCACGGCUGAAACCUUAACAAUGGAUUAUCAUCGAGGUGCAGGUGUUGAGGUGCGCAUUGCACGUAUUUUCAAUACAUAUGGCCCCCGUAUGUGUUUAGAUGAUGGCCGUGUUGUAAGCAAUUUUGUUGCGCAGGCCAUCCGCAAGCAACCAUUGACCGUAUAUGGUGAUGGAAAACAAACACGAAGCUUCCAAUAUGUAUCUGACUUGGUCGAUGGACUGGUGGCUUUAAUGGAAGGCGAGCAUGUGGGGCCAUUUAACUUGGGUAACCCAGGGGAAUUUACCAUGCUAGAGCUUGCUGAGGUUGUCAAAGAAACUAUUGAUUCCAGUGCAACAAUCGAAUUCAAACCGAACACUGCUGAUGAUCCACAUAAGAGGAAACCAGAUAUUAGCAAAGCAAAGGAACUUUUGAACUGGGAGCCAAAGAAGUCGCUGAGAGAGGGGCUGCCUCUUAUGGUGGCUGAUUUUCGAAAUCGCAUCUUGAAUGAUGACGAAGGUAAAGGGAACAAGUAGAAGUGAUAGCAAAGGCCAGUAUGUAUAGGAGUAAAAAGCGUGUCAUAUAUGUUGUUCAAUUCAUAUACUAAUAUUUUAUCGUCAUCUCAUUCCUCUAUUUUCAUUACCUGCAAUGAUCACCAAUAUCUUGCAUUGUUUAUCUGCAUUCUGUGCUUUUGAGAGGUCAAUUAAUUUGAUCCCCCUUUUUUGGGCAUCACUUUGUGGUUGGUGUAAUGGCUCUACUGAAUUAACAGUUUUUAGUUUCAUCUAGUGUUUAUAAUGGGUGCCAAAACUAUGAUGUCCUUUUUAUGUAUGAUUGCUUCUUGUUAUUUGUCUCU